CACACACACAUGCCAGCCUGGGCCUCCCCCAGUCUGUCACUUCCUCUGUAAAGUAUCAGUCACAGCCUCUGCAUCCACAUACCCUGACCGGCUGGAGAACCCUACUCACCCUCGCCAUGCUGUGUUGCAGACUUUUCACCUCUCUUGGGAGUACAAGGACCAUGUUCUCGUGAAGGCCUUCAUGGAGUGCCAGAAGAGGAGCUUGGUCAACCGGUGCCAGGUCAACCACAUGCUGGGCCCCAAGAAGAACCAGGCCCUGCCCUUCGUGCCAAUGUCCUACCAGCUGUCCCAGACCUACUACAGGAUUUUUACAUGGCAGUUUCCAAGCACCAUCUGCAAGGAGUCAUUCCAGUUUUUGGACAGAAUGCAGGCUGCCAGCAAGUUGGACCAGCCUGAUCAUUUCUCUUUCAAAGACCAGGAUAAUAACGAGCCCACAAAUGACAUGGUGGCCUUGGACGGCCCUGGAGGAAGUUGUGUGGCCGUCCUGACCCUCUUCUCUCUGGGCCUUAAUUCCGAGGACGUCAGGAUCCCGGAGCAGAUCAUCAUGGUAGACAGCUCAAUGGUGGAGAAUGAGGUCAUCAAAAACUUGGGGAAGGACGGCAGCCUGGAAGAUGACGAGAAUGAAGAUGAAGACUUGGGCGAAGGCGUCGGGGGCAAGCGCCAGAGCAUGGAAGUGAAGCCCGCCCAGGCCUCCCACACCAACUACCUGCUGAUGAGGGGCUACGGCUCCCCCGGCAUCGUCAGCACCCGCAACCUCAACCCCAACGACAGCAUCGUGGUCAACUCCUGCCAGAUGAAAUUCCGGCUCCACUGCACCCCUGUGCCCGUCCGGCUCAGGCUCGCUGCCGCUCCUCUGGAAGAGCUAACAGUGGGAACUUCCUGCCCCCCUGACACGUUCACGAAGCUGAUAAACCCCCACGAAAACACCUGCAGCUUGGAAGAGUUUGUCCUCCGGCUGGAGCUCUCUGGGUAUAGUCCGGAAGACCUGACUGGCUUGGAGAUCCUGGAAGCCAUUGUAGCCAUGGGUUGUUUUGGGAUCGACAAGGAGGAGCGGCGCAGAUGGUUCUCGGCUUUGGAUCAGCCAGGUGGUGGGCGUACCAGGACGUUCGCAGACUGCGUCCAGGCCCUCCUGGAGCAGCAGCAGGUGCUGGAGGUUGGUGGCAGCACUGUGCGCCUGGUGGCCAUAGGCUCUGCCUGGCCCUGGCUCCUGCACUCUGUGAGGCUGAAAGACAGAGAGGAGGACAACCAUGCCCAGAGAGAAGACCCUCAGGCCAGACCCCUGGAGGGGUCUUCCAGCCAGGCAUCUGCUUCUCACAGCCCCCAGGGCACCAAGAGGUACGCCAUAUGGGCCAGUGAGAUCAGGGAGACCCCUGCCAAGAGGCCAGCGCUCCAGGACUCAGACUUGGCCCCCAGCCUUGGGCCUGGAACAGAGGACUGUCCGCCACCCCACCUGUGCUUUCCCUCACUUCCCACGUGGGGAGGCAGAGAUGGCUUCCCUGCCUUUCCGAGACUCUCACAUCCUCUUCCUCUUCCCUCAGGGUUCACAGAGAGUUUUGGAGCCAGCAGCAUCUCCCAGACAGUGCAGGAAAGGGACUGUGAGAGUGAUUCCUUCAUCGGCUGGCCGUGGCAUGUUGUGGACGGCCAUCUGAACCUGCCCGUGUGCAAGGGCAUGAUGGAGGCCGUGCUCUACCACAUCAUGACCAGGCCUGGCAUCCCCGGGAGCUGCCUGCUGCGCCACUACCAGGGGGUUCUGCAGCCCGUCGUCGUGCUGGAGCUGCUCCAGGGCCUGGAGUCCCUCGGCUGCAUCCGGAAGUGCUGGCCGCAAAAGCCAAGGACCGUCUCACUCUUCCCUACACCUGUGGUGGAAGAAGUGGAGGCGCCCUCUAGCCUGGGCAAGAACCCCAUGGCCUUCUACCAGCCUACCUUGGACUAUACUCUCCGGCUGGGCGGUGUGUUUCCCCACAAGGUCAACUGGAACAAGUGGAUCCACCUCUAGGACCCCUGUGGGCGUCCUCUCCUCCCAGCCACUGCCUGCCACGCCACCCUGCCUGGUGCUGGGCAGACGCCACCGUGCCCCAGCCUUGGGUCUGCCGAGCCUCCUGCAGCAGGGGACGGGUGCUCUGGCCAGAGCCACAGCCCGACACGUUUCCCACUCUCCUGGAACUCUGGAAAGAGGGGCUUCUCCACCUGCCAGUGCCCCAGGCUCUUCAGGGCCUGGCCCUUGGGGGCUGGCCUCAUCACACCGGGAACUGGUAAUCUUGUCUCGGGGUCUCUGGAGUUGGCCCUGCCUGUGCACACCUCACAUUCCAGGCUCCAGCCCUCAAGGCAGGGUCUCUUGGCUCCUUGAGAGCCCGAGUGCCACUGAGAGCAAGGGCCUUGUGGGAUACGCCUUGCAGAAGAGGGGCAGUGUGCCCUGCUGCCCAUGGGGACUGUGGCGCCUCCCCAGGCAGGACAUCCCAACCCCUGGGUGGGAGUGAGACCCCCAGAGCGGAGCCUGGGGCUUCCUUUCUGGCCUGUGAGUCACCUGGCAGGCCCCGCUGGGCUGGGUCUUGUGUCCCUCCGCCUGGCUACUGAGUCCCUGUGGGCCAGAAGUGAAGAGUCCCUGUAGGUUUUGGUUUUGUUUAUUUUGUUCUUUCACCUUUUUUCCUCAAUUAAAAAAAAAAAAAGUCCCUGUGGAGUGGAUUUAUUUAUUUUUUGAUUCAAGGGAAGUAAAAU